AUGUUGGCCGCUCCUUACCAGACCCCGAAAUUCCCCGAGGCUACUGUCCCGCAUCUAGCACCGUCUGCCUCUCAACCCACGCUUCCACCAUUGUCGCAGUUCCCACUGCAGCCUGGGCCACCGUACGGUUCUUCCUCUUACACCGCGCCUCCUCUGUACCAGCAGUCAGCUCUCCACCAUGCACCGCUGCAUCCCUACCAUGCAACAGGAGCAUAUCAGUCAUUUCCUCCAUCAAGUGGCGUCGUCUCACGUUGUCCGAAUCAGCCCUCCCUGCGAAUUGGCGAAACCGAGUCGGCGGCAGUCGCAAAUCCUGGAGUUUCUCCAUCCUCACGCGGUCCCCUUGCUAUUCCUCUCAAGCGGCCGUACGACCUGGCAGAAGAAAGGCAAGACGACUCGGAGAACGUUCACCGCUCCGGCCGACAUCCCAGGCUUCCCGGCGAGGCUACGUCUUCUCAACAGCCGCACUUUGGUGAUACAAGCGAGAGUCGGAUUUUUAUGUCCUCAACCUCGGUCUCGAGUACGUCCACGCCGACCACUGCAAGCUACCAAACCCUGGGCACUGGCCCAUGGUCAGCUGGCCAGUCCGUGGCUUCGAUCAGUCCCCGGGCUACGCGAUUCUCGCUUCGUAUUCGUCAACAGCCUCGAGCGGCAAGAGCAGGACCAGAUGGCAAAGACCGGCGCCCAAUCGAUCCACCUCCGGUGCUUCAGUUGCUGAUGAGCAAUUUUGAUCCUCAGUCUCAGGCCGAUCUCGAUGAACUACAAUCCCAAUUCGUGGUCCAUUGUCGACUUGUCUCUGCAAAUCCUCCGCGGCGGGAUAUGAGUACACUGUCGUCGUACAGCGAGGAUGGUUCACGGGAGAUACAGAGGUUACUAUUAGGCACGUCGGUGGCUAGUCCCUUCCAUACAAAGGAUGACCCCGACGUCGAGACUGCAGUACAACAUCCACCGAGUGUGGAGCGCGCGUCCGGACCGGGCUCUCCCAGUCAGCGAUUCUUCGCGUCUGGGGCGGCCAAUAACCCUGGUAGCUUCGGACAAACACGACCGGUCUACGGACUACCAUGUACAUUCUUCAUCUUUGCUGAUCUAUCGGUUCGCAAAGCUGGCGAGUACAAAUUGGAAUUCAGCCUCAUGAAGAUGGAGCCGGGCUACCUCAUGGCUGGCGAAAAGCUACCAAUACUGCACACGGUGGCCAGCCAUGUAUUUCGAGUGGUCAAUGCCAAGGACUUUGACCAGGUACAACCGAGUACGCCGCUAGUGCGAGGUCUCAUCGAGCGCGGCGCUGGCUUUCCGUUGAAGCUGAAGAAGGGAACAAGGGAAGGUGGCCGACGUCGGACCGGGAGAGGAGAUGACGACAGUGGCAGCGACGACGACGACGAAUAG